CAUACGGACCACAUCCGAGUGAGGCCCGGCUUCGGUUUUUAAAAAACGAAACGCGCGAUCCGCGGUGCGCGUACGCACGGACGCGCGAACUAAUUUCGGAUUCGCGAAUUUUAUGAAAAACUUUUUUUUUAAUAUGACGUUUUGAACUGUACCAAGUGAUUUUGUUGUGAAUAUUUUUGUGUAGUUUUGGAGUGUAAAUAUGAGAAGCGAAAAUUAGGAUUUAAGGAGAACUUACUAUAAUAUUUUUCGCAAAAAUUGAGGAAGUUAAGUUGUCAGCUGUGGGAAGAAACAGGUGCCAAGAUGAAUCAACAAUGCAAAGUGUGCGGCGAGCCGGCGGCGGGCUUCCAUUUUGGUGCGUUCACCUGUGAGGGAUGCAAGUCUUUCUUCGGGCGGACGUACAACAACCUGUCCUCGAUAUCGGAGUGCAAGAACAACGGGGAGUGUGUGAUCAAUAAGAAGAACAGGACUGCUUGCAAAGCGUGCAGGCUACGAAAAUGUCUCCUAGUCGGCAUGUCGAAGUCAGGCUCCAGGUACGGGAGACGGUCGAACUGGUUCAAGAUCCACUGCUUACUCCAAGAGCAGCAGCAACAACACAUACAGCACAUGCAGACCAGUAAAUCACCGCCCACUUUCAAUUCAUCCAUGAAUCCAUCAUACCUGCCUGCGAACUUACUCCCAGCGGCAGCGUUAGCAGAAUACUACAAAAACUCAGAAAAAACUCAAUUUACGGAAGAAGUGACGCGGCAAAGUGUGUCACCAUCAGAUUCAGGAGCCUCAUCGGCAGAUCCUGAAGACGACAAUAGUUCUAGAAGUACAAGUGGCCUUAGUAUCUUUAGACCUGCGUCUUCCCCUUGCAGCGACAAAGAUGUACGGUUACAAGCGAUUAGAAAUCAAGGCAAAGAUAGAAAACGGAAGCCUACGAUGCCACCGUCUCCUUUUGGUUCAGUCUCUGCACCACCAAGCUUUUCUCCGAGGAGUGCGCCAUACCUACCAGCUCAACUACAGUCUAUGAGAGCAGCUCCACCUGGUCUCACCACCUGGCAGAACCGAAACGGUGGAGAUCUGCUCCUCCACUCACCAGCUGUUGCAGGAGUAGCAAUAGACCAAGAUCAACCCAUAGACCUAUCUAUAAAGUCUACUGCCAUGAUAUUUAGAAGUCCGAAGAACGAUGAAGUUAGUGAUUCAGAGCCUGAGCUAUCGAUCGAUCUGAGUGAAGAAAGCACUAAAGAAAUUAUGAAGAAUCCUUUAGAUCUCUCGAAAAGAACAGAAGAGGUUCCAAUGACUGGAUGAAAUUUUAGUAUUUUCUGUACUACAGUACAGCCAUGGUUUUCUAUUUAUGUGUAAAUAAUAUUUUAGUAUUCUUGUUAAUACUCUUUCACGCCAUACAGUAUUUAGCUGAUAACAUUCCUUUCUUCUUGAUUACCUGAUCUUAUUUACCAUAACUAGUGUUUAUUUAGUUUGUAAUUCAAGUCAUGGACUUUUAGUUUGUAAGUAGUAAAGCAAAGUACAGUAGAAGAAAUUGAAGAAAUAUAGAAAUGACAUUAUGGUAUUUAUUGAGUAGGUAGAGUAAAAUUAAUGUUAUUUCUUUAUCGUGUUCUGGACAUAGCUGAAAUAAAAAGAAAUACGGAGUAGGUGCACACGGAUUUUUUAAAUAAUUACUGACAAAAAACUUUUGAAUUGCACAAUUAAUUAUACGUCACAAUUAAUCAGACCUCCUUUUAUGGAAAGUCAUUUGUUUUAUGAUAAAAACUGUAUUUUAGCCACCUUGUAAAAUAAACAUUUGACCAGCUAUGUCUAAACGCAUCAAACUAUAGAAUGUGCCAGUGUAUGUUUUACCAUUUUAGUUAAUAUCUUAUGGGAUUAAAGGCCAGUUAAAAUGAAGCUCAAAAUUUUAAUGUACAAAUUAAGAGUCUUGUAAAAAAUAGUUUUUUUUUUUUUGUUUUGUGUACUUACUUAACUUUAAGUAUUUAUUUCCUUAGUUUUUAGGCCAGUUUUGUAUUGAGUCAUUUUUUAUUUUUAUAAGCUUUUCUAAGGUUUUAGUUUUUAAUUUUAGCGUAAUUUUUAUUUUGAUAUGCUUGUGUUAUUAUUUUGUUAUCUUUUUUAUUUUGUUGAAGAUUUUUUUAAGACAAUGAAACAUUCCAAUGCUCAUAUUAUUCCAGUACUUAAUAUAUUGUAUUAUUUGCGUUGCCAGUGUAAUCUAAUGCAAGUGUUUUUUUUUUUUCAAAAACAUAAAAAGAUACUUUUCUGACCAGAAAUACAUAAUACAAAAACAAGUGCACAUAUAUUUUUAAUACAUAUUAUUUGGUGCCAUUAAAGACAAUGUACGUAAACAUCGAAUUUUUGUAAAUUAGUUAAUAACGAAGAGAACAAAUUAAGUGCCAAGGUAAACUUAAAAAUAAGUAAAAAAUAUGUCGAACAAAAUAUUUUUUGAAAUUUUACAUCACAUGUUUUACUCAAAAAAUACAUUCAGUAUAAUCAAAAUAUGGAGUCGACAAUAUUAUUUUUGAUAUAUUGUGAUUUGGGUGAAUAAAUAAAUGUAAUAAAUAAACGUUGUUCAAUAAAGUACAAGUAGCAGGCUUACUUAGAUUUGUGAAUACUUAGUAGCUUAGCAAAGAGAAUCAAGUAGAAAAAAAUACUUUUCACGUUUUUUAAUUUACUCAAAGAAAAUAUAUUGUACUAACAUUUGUACCCGAUUGAUCCAGAAGAAGGUUUAUCGUUUUUCACUAAGUAAGCCUGCAGUACUGACUAAGUUAUCAAUAUUGAGACAUAAUUUUGUUGUUAUCAGUGUGAUACGAUAUUUUUUAAUCUAUGUGUUUACAUUUUUUUACGUUUUAAGUAAAUUUUAAUAUAUUUGAAAGAAAAAAAUAAUAAAAAGCGAGUGCCUUUA